AUGGUCACCAAGACGGUCAUCGCCCUGGGGCUCCUGGCCACCUUUUGUGCUGUAGCUAUGGCCACCCCUGAACCCGGCGGUAGAUAUGGUGGUGGUGGUGGUGGAUAUGGCGGUGGUGGCGGAUAUGGUGGCGGCGGUGGAUAUGGAGGAGGGCGUGGGUAUGGUGGUGGAGGAUAUGGAGGCGGCCGCGGAUAUGGUGGCGGUGGAUACGGAGGCGGCCGCGGUGGUGGAUAUGGUGGCGGUGGGUAUGGUGGUGGUGGAUAUGGAGGCGGCCGCGGAUAUGGUGGCGGUGGGUAUGGUGGUGGAUAUGGAGGCGGCGGCUAUGGUGGAGGAUACGGAGGUGGCCGCGGUGGAGGAUAUGGAGGCGGAUAUGGAAGAUAA